UCCAAAUACUGGUUGUUAUCUUCCCAAGUCCAUUAUGACAAGUAUUGAUCUUCUUAAUUCUCAAGAAAAUGACUGGAAGAAACGUCUUAAUAGUUUUUGGUCCAAAUGUUUGGAGACAAAUUGAAAUUCAUAUCUUUAAAAGGCUAUCGAGGAAAUAUAGCUGUGCAUUCAAAAAUUCGGCGAGCCUUAUUCAAUUUGAUUAAUGAUAAAGCAGAACCGCAAAUUUCGUUGAAAGCUUUCAAUGGAGCUAUUAAUAAAGCUUGCACCAACAGAAAGACGAGUUCCACCAAAAUUUGUAUCAUCGUUAACGAUAACAAAGAGGACGAUGAUUAUAAAGACGAUGAUGAUAAAGACGAUGAUGAUAAAGAUGACGAUGAUAAAGACGACGAUGAUAAAGACGAUGAUGAUAAAAACGAUGAUGGCAGAGACGAUGGUGGCAAAAACGAUGAUGAUGAUGUGCCAAAUUUCGACAGAAGUUUGGCAACUUUAAACCGUUACAAUCGCUUAGCCCGAUCUUUAUCUUCGUCACCAGAACUCUCACAUGCUAAUUCAAGAACACCAUCACGAGUCACGGUUGAAGAACAAGAAGAUAAAGAAUUAUUGAGGGAUAAUUAUCAAAGUAACCUGAAAAAAGGCUUAUCAUCGACUGACCUAGACAAUUCUUUGCAUCUUGACCGAUUAGAGACCAUAUUACUGAAUCCAAACAACUCGAUGUACCCUCAAAGGAUAGAUGAAAACACAUUAGAAGUAGAUAUUCCUUUAACGAACAGCAAUGAAGAGCAAUCAACGAUUACACUGAUAUGUUCGAAGUCAAUUGUUCAACACCAGUCCGCAGUUGAAUCAACAUUUACUCCGAUUCACCCAAACAUUCAAGAGCAAUUUAAUAAUAUUUCAACAGCUACAUCUAGCAACUCUAACCCGUACCCUCAGCAACCGUUAACCACGAUUACAACCAUCAGUGGAGCUCACUCCGAUGUCUACGUUGAAAAACAGCCAAUAAAUGUACCAAUAACUUCUUCUACUUCUGAAUCUAAUCUGAAUCCUGCAUCGCAGCCAACAGUUGCAUCAGUAACGGCUCCAACUUACCCUCAUAACCUGCUUCAGCAACAAAUAACGAAUGCACCAUCGGUUUCAUCCACUUACGGAAAUCAGUAUUCUCAGAAUCAAUCGAAUACUACAACCGUCAACUCGUAUUCAUACCCUCAGCAACAGUCAACGGUUGUACCGACAAACAGCCCAACCUACUUGAGUUCACAUACUCAGAACCAAUUUGUUACUCAUUUCGAUUCGUACUACCAGAAUAACCAGCAAAUGAAUGGACCAAAUGUUCCGGCUUACAAUCAUCCGCAUUUUUACAACCAAUCCCAACAUCCUUUUGCAGGAUAUUAUGCUGGACCUCAAUGGUAUCAAUCUCAACAGAGUUUCGCUCCGCACUGUCAAAAUCAACCGUAUCAACACGAGCAAAAUUUCAAGCAGACUUAUACUUAUAAUAAUCUAUAAUUACAAGAGAUUAUUUGAUUUAAUUUAUUACUUGUUCUGUAUCGUUUAUCAAUUUUCUAUUUAUCCAUUUA